GGUGACAGAGGAGGAGGAGGAGUUGUGAGGAGGAGGAACACGGAGGAUUAGGCAGAAGUACUGUCAGCUUCCUGGAGGACAAAGCUGGCUUGUGAAGUGCUGCUCUCUCUCCUAUCCCGGGAACAAGAUGGUUCUGGAGAUCUUAGCUCGAGUCAUAAAGGUGCAGCUUCCCGCCUAUCUGAAGAGGCUGCCGGUGCCGGACAGUAUCGCCGGCUUUAUCAGGCUCUCAGUUUCAGAAUGGCUACGACUACUGCCUUUCCUGGGUGUCCUUGCCUUACUGGGCUACCUUGCAAUCCGACCAUUCCUACCGAAAAAGAAGCAACAGAAAGACAGUUUGAUUAAUCUUAAAAUCCAAAAGGAGAACCCAAAAGUUGUGAAUGAAAUUGAUAUAGAGGACCUGCAUGUUGCAAAAGUUGCCUACUGCCGAUGCUGGCGCUCUAAAACGUUUCCUGUUUGCGAUGGCUCCCAUAACAAGCACAAUGAACUAACCGGAGACAAUGUGGGUCCACUCAUCUUGAAAAAGAAAGAAGUUUAAUGGCAUUUUAGGAAAUGUUCUUGUCUGAUUUUUGUUCUGGGUCUGUAAGGAAAUAUUAGAUUCCUUCCUUUUAUUUUUUUUGGGAGUCCGCUCUGAUGUUGAAUUGAUUUUCUGGUACCUAAACAAGUGUACUUGUGAUAAUCGGUAAUAAGAAUUUUGUAAUUUUUAACUGCAAUACCUUGGUUAAAAAGGCACCCAAACCCAUCACCCGCUUUUUUUAAACUGCCUUAUUGUUCUGUUUCAAUGAUUUAUUGAGGUUUACAGGACGGUUAAAGGAUUGAACAAUGUAUCAUAAAUCUGUAUCGGAGAACAUUUUGGGAUGAGUUUUAGCUGCCUUAUAACACACACACGGGGCUAAUCCACUUUGCACUACAAGUGCACUUUCAAGUGAAAAUAAAAACCCAAGUCUUUA